UGGGAGAUAAAGGAUGCAUUGUUGUUCUGAUGGAGUCUGAGGGACUAGAAUCAAGCUGAAACAUAACAAAAACAUACUGCACUAUCAGUCGAGGUACAGAUAGAAGACGGACUGUUUCAGGAAGACUGUGAUAAUUUCUUCUGGACGAUGACGUACCUGGGAUACAUAAUUUCCAUCGGCCUUCUUCUGACCAUGGUGGUGGACAGUCAACAGCAAACACCCAAACCAAAGCCUCGUCGGAUUAAGCCUCCUAAACCUCCCAAACCUCCCAAACCUCCCAAACCUCCCAAGCCCCCAAAGCCAACGAAGCCUCUCUUCUCUGAACCCGAGGAACCGAACCAUCUUACAACGCUGCCGCCGCCCCUCCCUCCAGGCCCAAUGUCCAUCUUCCCAGACUGCCCAAGGGAGUGCUUGUGUCCGCCUGACCAUCCCAACGCUCUCUACUGCGACAGUCGGAACCUAAGGGUAGUGCCCUUCAUUCCACCCCGGAUCGAAUACCUCUACCUCCAAAACAACUUCAUUGACUCCCUGCCAGAGGCCCCCUUCCGGAAUGCAACAGGUCUCAAGUGGAUUAACCUGGACAAUAAUAGGAUUUCCAAUCGAAAACUGGACAAGGGUCUCUUUAACAUCCUGAACAAGGUCCUCUUCUUGUACAUGGAUAGAAACAGGUUGGAUGAAGUUCCUGCAAACCUCCCUCCUAGCCUGGAGCAACUUCGGCUUGCCAGGAAUCAGAUCUCCAAGAUCCCUUCGGGCAGUUUCAGAAAACUGGCCAACCUGACCCUCUUGGACCUUCACCACAAUAAGUUGCCGGACAGAGUCUUCAAUAAGAACACCUUCAAAGGUCUCAGGAGCCUCAUGCAGCUCAACCUGGCUCAUAACUCCCUGAGGAAGAUGCCCCCAACCAUACCUCCACACAUCUUCCAGCUAUUUCUGGAUAGGAAUCAGAUCAGUCAAAUCCCUGAUAAUUAUUUCAAGAAUUUGCACCAGUUAACGUUUUUGAGGUUGAAUUUCAACCAGUUGACAGAUACUGGAAUUCCCAACGGCACCUUUAAUUUGUCAUCUCUCCUUGGCCUCCACCUCUGCAACAACAAACUCAAUUCCAUACCAGUCUUUAACCCAAAGUUGGAGCAUCUCUACCUCAGCUACAACUACAUAAAAAAGAUCAAUGGAACCGAGAUCUGCCCAAGUCCCGUCAGUAAUGUGGCUCUGCAAGCUCACAACCUGGAGGCUAUCCCACGGCUGCGGUAUCUGCGUCUGGACGGCAAUGCGCUCUCACCCCCAAUCCCGAUAGACUUCAUGAUGUGCUUCAGACUCCUCCAGGCAAUCGUGAUUUGACGACCACGUCCCUGCAAACUCGUCUCCCCGCCGCUUCUAAACGGCGGCCAUCUUUUUAUGGGACUGUUACUUCUGAUCAUUUUCCCUUCAGAUUCUGAGUGUAAUUGUGUGAAAUGUUCCGAGACACAACCCCUGCAGAAAAAUUAUCUUUCUCUUAGAAUCGGAGUGCAAAGAAAUACUUAGUAUACCCAAGUAGGAUCAUUGUGAGCACACACAGACACACAAGCACACAUACACACACACAAACACACACACACACACACACACACACACACACACACACACACACACACACACACACAAAAUACUCCUACAACUCUGUGCAAGUCCCCUGAAUAGAUGAGAACUGGGGAACGGCUGAAAUUGUUCCCUCAGACUUGAUCCACUUUAUCUGCAGCCAGUCUCCCCACCACUAUCCCAUUGGUGAAGAAACAAAUGAAAAACAAACCUUAGUUUACCAUGGGGUGAGAAAGGCUUUGAAAUGCAUGAACCUUGCUCCUCCUGAGCAGUUACCUGCCUGAUCCUGAUGCUCCCGCGAUGGGAAUGUUUGGGUCUGAUUGCGUUUCGUAAGCGAUCAGGGGAAAUGACUUUAGGACUUGUUCCUGCUGUCGGUGAGACAAGGAGAGGAUCUGCUCACAGAUCAAACUGCUGGCCAGAUCUGAGCAGCACCUUUCAGUUAGCAUGGAACAAUUUGGAAAUCACUGCUGCAAUUUCUUUCUAGAACCUUCUACCUGCUUGUACUUAAUCUGCAAUUCAGAACUGAGACCUUCAUGGACUUCCGUGUGAAUUUGACCACAGGGUACCUGGUCUGUGCAACUAAGCAGGACUUCAAUCUUACUGCUGCCUUAUAGACUCCAAACGUGGGUACCAUCUGCAUGAAGUUUGCAUGUUCUUCCUGUGACCACGUGGGUUUCCUCGGGAUGCCAUAGAGCUGUACAGCAUGGCGACAGGCCCUUCAGCCCAUCUGGUUCAUGCUGACAAGGAUGCCCCAUCCGAGCCAGUCCCAUUCGGCAGCGUUUGGUCCUAAACCGUUAUAAUCCACGUACCUGUCCAACUGUCUCCUAAACCUGUAUAAUCCACGUACCUGUCCAACUGUCUCCGAAAACUUUAUAAUCCACGUACCUGUCCAACUGUCUCCUGGAUCUUUAUAAUCCACGUACCUGUCCAACUGUCUCCUAAACCUGUAUAAUCCACGUACAUGUCCAACUGCCCCCUAAACCUUUAUAAUCCACGUACCUGUCCAACUGUCUCCUAAACCUUUAUAAUCCACGUACCUGUCCAACUGUCUCCUAAACCUUUAUAAUCCACGUACCUGUCCAACUGUCUCCUAAACCUUUAUAAUCCACGUACCUGUCCAACUGUCACCUAAACCUCUAUAAUCCACAUACCUGUCCAACUGUCUCCUGGAGCUUUAGAAUCCACGUAGCUGUCCAACUGUCUCCUAAACCUGUAUAAUCCACGUACAUGUCCAACGGUCCCCUAAACCUUUAUAAUGCACGUACCUGUCCAACUGUCUCCUAAACCUUUAUAAUCCACGUACCUGUCCAACUGUCUCCUAAACCUGUAUAAUCCACGUACCUGUCCAACUGGCUCCUGGAGCUUUAGAAUCCACGUACCUGUCCAACUAUCUCCUAACCCUUUAUAAUCCACGUACCUGUCCAACUGUCUCCUAAACCGUUAAAAUCCACGUACCUGUCCAACUGUCUCCUAAACCUGUAUAAUCCACGUACCUGUCCAACUAUCUCCUAAACCAGUAUAAUCCACGUAGCUGUCCAACUGUCUCCUAAACCUUUAUAAUCCACGUAGCUGUCCAACUGUCUCCUAAAUCUUUAUAAUCCACGUACCUGUCCAACUGUCUCCUAAACCAGUAUAAUCCACGUACCUGUCCAACUGUCUCCGAAAACUUUAUAAUCCACGAAGCUGUCCAACUGUCUCCUAAACCGUUAUAAUCCACGUACUUGUCCAACUGUCUCCAAAACCUGUAUAAUCCACGUACCUGUCCAACUGUCCCCUAAACCUUUAUAAUCCACGUACCUGUCCAACUGUCUCCUAAAGCUUUAUAAUCCACGUACCUGUCCAACUGUCUCCUAAACCUUUAUAAUCCACGUACCUGUCCAACUGUCUGCUAAACCUUUAUAAUCCACGUACCUGUCCAACUGUCUCCUAAACCUGUAUAAUCCACGUACCUGUCCAACUGUCUCCUAAACCUUUAUAAUCCAUGAAGCUGUCCAACUGUCCCCUAAACCAUUAUAAUCCAUGAAGCUGUCCAACUGUCUCCUAAACCGUUGAAAACCACGUAGCUAUCCAACUAUCUCCUAAACCUGUAUAAUCCACGUACCUGUCCAACUGUCUCCUAAACCUGCAUAAUCCACGUACCUGUCCAACUGUCUCCUAAACCAAUAUAAUCCACGAAGCUGUCCAACUGUCUCCAAAACCUAUACAGUCCACGUACCUGUCCAACUGUCUCCUAAACCUUUAUAAUCCACGUGUCUGUCCAACUGUCUCCUAAACCAGUAUAAUCCACGUAGCUGUCCAACUGUCUCCUAAACCUGUAUAAUCCACGUACAUGUUCAACUGUCUCCUAAACCUGUAUAAUCCACGUGCCUGUCUAACGGUCUCCUAAACCUGUAUAAUCCACGUGCCUGUCUAACUGUCUCCUAAACCUUUAUAAUCCAGGUACAUGUCCAACUGUCUCCUAAACCUGUAUAAUCCACGUACCUGUCCAACUGUCUCCUAAACCUGUAUAAUCCACGUACAUGUCCAACUGUCUCCUAAACCUGUAUAAUCCACGUGCCUGUCCAACUGUCUCCUAAACCUGUAUAAUCCACGUACCUGUCCAACUGUCUCCUAAAUCUUUAUAAUCCACGUACCUGUCCAACUGUCUCCUAAACCAGUAUAAUCCACGUACCUGUCCAACUGUCUCCGAAAACUUUAUAAUCCACGAAGCUGUCCAACUGUCUCCUAAACCGUUAUAAUCCACGUACUUGUCCAACUGUCUCCAAAACCUGUAUAAUCCACGUACCUGUCCAACUGUCCCCUAAACCUUUAUAAUCCACGUACCUGUCCAACUGUCUCCUAAACCUUUAUAAUCCACGUACCUGUCCAACUGUCUCCUAAACCUUUAUAAUCCACGUACCUGUCCAACUGUCUGCUAAACCUUUAUAAUCCACGUACCUGUCCAACUGUCUCCUAAACCUGUAUAAUCCACGUACCUGUCCAACUGUCUCCUAAACCUUUAUAAUCCAUGAAGCUGUCCAACUGUCCCCUAAACCAUUAUAAUCCAUGAAGCUGUCCAACUGUCUCCUAAACCGUUGAAAACCACGUAGCUAUCCAACUAUCUCCUAAACCUGUAUAAUCCACGUACCUGUCCAACUGUCUCCUAAACCUGCAUAAUCCACGUACCUGUCCAACUGUCUCCUAAACCAAUAUAAUCCACGAAGCUGUCCAACUGUCUCCAAAACCUAUACAGUCCACGUACCUGUCCAACUGUCUCCUAAACCUUUAUAAUCCACGUGUCUGUCCAACUGUCUCCUAAACCAGUAUAAUCCACGUAGCUGUCCAACUGUCUCCUAAACCUGUAUAAUCCACGUACAUGUUCAACUGUCUCCUAAACCUGUAUAAUCCACGUGCCUGUCUAACGGUCUCCUAAACCUGUAUAAUCCACGUGCCUGUCUAACUGUCUCCUAAACCUUUAUAAUCCAGGUACAUGUCCAACUGUCUCCUAAACCUGUAUAAUCCACGUACCUGUCCAACUGUCUCCUAAACCUGUAUAAUCCACGUACAUGUCCAACUGUCUCCUAAACCUGUAUAAUCCACGUGCCUGUCCAACUGUCUCCUAAACCUGUAUAAUCCACGUACCUGUCCAACUGUCUCCUAAAUCUUUAUAAUCCACGUACCUGUCCAACUGUCUCCUAAACCAGUAUAAUCCACGUACCUGUCCAACUGUCUCCGAAAACUUUAUAAUCCACGAAGCUGUCCAACUGUCUCCUAAACCGUUAUAAUCCACGUACUUGUCCAACUGUCUCCAAAACCUGUAUAAUCCACGUACCUGUCCAACUGUCCCCUAAACCUUUAUAAUCCACGUACCUGUCCAACUGUCUCCUAAACCUUUAUAAUCCACGUACCUGUCCAACUGUCUCCUAAACCUUUAUAAUCCACGUACCUGUCCAACUGUCUGCUAAACCUUUAUAAUCCACGUACCUGUCCAACUGUCUCCUAAACCUGUAUAAUCCACGUACCUGUCCAACUGUCUCCUAAACCUUUAUAAUCCAUGAAGCUGUCCAACUGUCCCCUAAACCAUUAUAAUCCAUGAAGCUGUCCAACUGUCUCCUAAACCGUUGAAAACCACGUAGCUAUCCAACUAUCUCCUAAAUCUGUAUAAUCCACGUACCUGUCCAACUGUCUCCUAAACCUGCAUAAUCCACGUACCUGUCCAACUGUCUCCUAAACCAAUAUAAUCCACGAAGCUGUCCAACUGUCUCCAAAACCUAUACAGUCCACGUACCUGUCCAACUGUCUCCUAAACCUUUAUAAUCCACGUGUCUGUCCAACUGUCUCCUAAACCAGUAUAAUCCACGUAGCUGUCCAACUGUCUCCUAAACCUGUAUAAUCCACGUACAUGUUCAACUGUCUCCUAAACCUGUAUAAUCCACGUGCCUGUCUAACGGUCUCCUAAACCUGUAUAAUCCACGUGCCUGUCUAACUGUCUCCUAAACCUUUAUAAUCCAGGUACAUGUCCAACUGUCUCCUAAACCUGUAUAAUCCACGUACCUGUCCAACUGUCUCCUAAACCUGUAUAAUCCACGUACAUGUCCAACUGUCUCCUAAACCUGUAUAAUCCACGUGCCUGUCCAACUGUCUCCUAAACCUGUAUAAUCCACGUACCUGUCCAACUGUCUCCUAAACCUUUAUAAUCCACGAAGCUGUCCAACUGUCUCCUAAACCGUUAUAAUCCAUGAAGCUGUCCAACUGUCUCCUAAACCGUUGAAAUCCACGUAGCUAUCCAACUGUCUCCUAAACCUGUAUAAUCCACGUACCUGUCCAACUGUCUCCUAAACCUGCAUAAUCCACGUACCUGUCCAACUGUCUCCUAAACCAGUAAAAUCCACGAAGCUGUCCAACUGUCUCCAAAACCUAUACAGUCCACGUACCUGUCCAACUGUCUCCUAAACCUUUAUAAUCCACGUGUCUGUCCCACUGUCUCCUAAACCAGUAUAAUCCACGUAGCUGUCCAACUGUCAACUAAACCUGUAUAAUCCACGUACAUGUCCAACUGUCUCCUAAACCUGUAUAAUCCACGUGCCUGUCUAACUGUCUCCUAAACCUGUAUAAUCCACGUGCCUGUCUAACUGUCUCCUAAACCUUUAU